CCAGGGGGUUCCCUGCGGGCUGGGGCUGCAUGGCAGCACCCGGCAGCAUCUCGGCUGUUUUUCAGCAGUACCUGCAGCACCUGGGCCUGCAGGACUUCCCCUGUGGCCUCGGCAACUGGAACAAAUCCCGCUGCAAUGCCCGCAGGAGCUCCCAGGCACAGUCAGUGGGGCUGGAGGAGGUCGUGCCACCAGGAGAGGACACCCCUGAGGUGCUGCUGGAGCUGCUGAGAGACCAGCACAGCCCCUGGGCACUGCCCUCCGACUGCAGCCCCCAGGCCCAGCGCCUGAGGGAAGUGAUUGUGCUGGCCCCCGAGCUCCUCCAUGGCUCCAGUGUCUCCCAGCUUGUCAAGUCCCUGCGGAUACUGGACAAGGGGGUGGAGGAGGUGGAUGAGGGUCUGCUGCAGUUCCAGCAGCUGGAGGAGCUCAUCCUCAGUGCCAACCACAUCAGCAGGGUAACCUCGGCCCACCUGCCCCGGACUCUGAAGGUGCUGGAGCUCUGCCACAAUGAUGUGGAUGAUCUGCAGGAGCUGUGUGCUCAGCCACCCCCGGAGCUCCAGCACUUGGGGCUGGGCUACAACCAGCUGUGUGGCCCUUCCCAGGAAAAGCAUUUCACUGUGGAUUUCUGGCCAAACCUUGUCUCCCUUGACCUGAGCUUUAACAGCCUCACAGACCUGCUGGAGCUGGUGUCCCAGCUGUCCACCCUGCAGAAGCUCCGCAUCCUGCUGCUCCAGGGGAACCCACUGUCCCUCAUCCCUGCCUACAGAGGCUUCCUCGUGGACAGCCUGCCCAGGCUGUCCAUCUUCGAUGACAUCUACAUAUGGCCUGAAGAGAGGCAGCAGUUCCAUAGGCUGGCAGAGCAGCCAGAGCUGAUCACGAGUGAAGCACGACUGGUUGUGAGCAUUGGAGAGAUGAAGGGACUCCCUUAUCCCGAAGAUUUUCAGCAGCUGGAGCCUGACUGCGAGGGUCCGGUGAUUGCCUACAGAUACUGUGUGACCUACCAGUUUGCAGAGGGAGAGGAGCUCAAGGACAGGGGCAGUCCUGAGGGCACAGAAAUCCACCAGAGUACCACAGUGGCCACGCUGGAUGUGGACAGCUCUGCUCAGGACACAGGAGAGACAAAAAGCCAUCAGGAGCCUGCAGCCACAGAGGAGCCCGAGGCCCACUCUGCAAAGGUUUUUGCCACCCCUGCACAGCCCUGGGCAGACACCAUCGACUGCAGCUACAGGAAGCAGCACAUCGCCAAGGACUUGGUGGGGCUGAAGUCCUACCUGGAGGCUGGAACCAUUGUCUCAGUUAUGGAGGAGAAGGUGGUCUCCUGGCCUGUGGAUCCAGAUGAAAACUCUGCCACAAAGGAAGGACAGGAGCUGAAGAAGAACAGUGCAAAGGACAAGCAGAAAAAGAAGAAGAAGAAGAAGUCAUGUGAAUACCGCAGUGACCCUCCCAUUUGGAGCACGCUGGCCACCACGAGGGUGACCUUGGAGACCCUGCUGGCCAAUGAGAACCUGGUGGCAACUCUGUGUGACUUUGGGAUCCUGAUCCCUGAGAAACCACCAGAACCACCAGUUGUGGACGAGAAGGAGACAAAAAAAGGCAAAGACAAGAGCAAAAAACCCAAAGGAGACCAGAAAAACGCGGCUUCCAAAGGAAAAGGAAAAAACAAAGACACUGCUGAACUGGAGGAGGAUCAAGAGCCCCAGCCAGUGCCACUGACAGUUCAAUUCCAGAUGCAGCUGCUUCGAUGGCCCUCGGCAGCCAGCACCAAGAGGCAGGAGAGCGUGGCCAUGUCAGAGGGGAAGACUCCGUGAUGUGUCCACAGCAGGAGCAUGAGUGGAAAUAAACCACAGGGAACGCUGUGCA